UGAUUCUUCAUACAACUAAAAACCAACAUAUUCGUGAAGCGAUUCCUUUGCGUUAUCUCCUAAUAAAAGAACCACACAGAACAAGAAAAGAUGAGAAAUAAUCAUCUACUCCACUAGCUAUUUCUAGACUCUAGAGUCGAUAAUAAAAAAAAAUAUAAAUCAAAUUUAUUUUACCUGGGUGAGAUACGAGAAAUUCCUGCAAGCGAAGCGGCCAACCCAUUGGUUCAAAAUGGUCUCGACGUCGUCAGGGUGGGGAUUAAUGAGUGCGAGAACCUUCCAGACCACCUGGGAGAGGGAGAGAAGCGAUAGCACAAAGUCAUUUGUGGUGUAUUCUAUUGUGAAUGGAUACUAGAGUGGGAGUAAGAAAUCGAAAAAGCCAACUUCCCCCUCAUUUUUUUUCACGGGUUAAUUACGGUCACUAAAUUUUUAUAUCGCUAGGAUGUUGGACACUAAACUUUUAAAUUUUGUGGAUACCGAGUACGAUCUGGGAAGGGGAAGAGUGAAAUUUUGUUGAACAUAGUCUAUGUGGUGCAUUCUAUAAUCGCUUGCACCAUACAAGCAUGAUAUGCAGUAUAAUAUAUAGUCUGGUCCAUGAUAUAUGUUUUAGACUCUCGAUAUGAACCACAAACCUUGGUUCAGUCUGAUCCGCACCGCAUCGUUUCCCGACCCUUGGCGGUUCAUUAUGUAAUUAAUAAUAUACAUGCAUUAAGAGUAAUAAUUUGAAAAGGUUAACAAUUUAUCUUCAGCAAUUUACCUGCCCUCAAAUUGGAAUCGAUGAAUCAUGGGCCGAACUUGGAUUUUUGUUGUUGUUGGACAGUUGGAGAGAGGCCGAAUUGAUUUUCGAACUCACGUGUGGCAUCUUGGUUUACCGAAUCGGGGAUGGAACUGGAAGUAACCACCGGUUGUAGGUGCGCCGACGGCUGUCAAUAGUUAGGAAGGAGUAUAUAAUAAGAACUCCGAGGAGAGCAAAAGACGAACCGGCAUCCUUGUUCGCACCUCUGCAUCCCUAUCUGAGUCGCGAUUGAAGAUGGGUUGGGGUUCAGUUUGAGUCUAGAAAGAAACCUCCGCCGAAACAGAGUCGAGCAGAGAGCAAGAUUGGAUUUUUAUUUUGUGUUCUUCUCUCUGUGGUGUCGAAUAAGGAGAACUGGAGCGGUCGGAGUCAGAGAGUUCGACGCAGUCAGCAACAGCAAACCAGCUGAGUAAGAGUAAGACUGCUUAUCAAUCCCUUUUCCCUUUUGGUUUCGGCGUCAGAAUCUCAAUUCUAUACUGCAGCGGUGGCGAGAGGGAGAUCUCUCUUUAUCUCUUUCCGCCCCUGUUUGGUUUCCUCGUCGGGAUAGGAAAAUCAUUUUCUCUGUUUUCGCACAUAUAAAUAGAAGCUUAUGCUCAGAAGCAUUUAACCCCAAAUCCCUCAAACACGGCCGAAGAAGAAUUCUGUCGACAUUAGGUUCUGAUUGAGGGCACCAUGGCUGAAGAUUUGAAGGAUUGGUCCGAAUUGGGAGAGGAUCUUCUGCUUAUGAUCGGGCAACGGUUGAUCAGUCUAGACGAUAUCAUUAGAACCCGAGCUGUUUGUAAUCCAUGGAGGCGAGCCCUUCGAGCCGAGCAGCUGCGCAGGUUCUCCCCAUCAUCGCAUUGGCUCAUGCUGCCCUAUUGCACCAGCGACAACAUGAACAUGAGUACUCCUAUUAGCAGGCGUACUAGUUCCCCAGACGUGGACCUGGCCAUUCCCAGCAUUGGUUGCAAAGGUUCUGAAACCUGCCGCUGCUUUUUUGACGUCGUACUGCAUCAAUUUCACCACAUCGAGUUCCCUCGACACCUAUGCAACAAAACCUGCCGUGGAUCCACUAUGGGGUGGCUGUGUAUGGUGGGAGAUACGCCGGGCUACGACCCUGAAAAACUCCGGCUUGAAUACCUGCUUCGAGAUUACCCUGGCUUCACGGUAUCACGGGGAAAGAAGUCUAUGGAGAAGCAGUACAUAAUGAGAGUUGCUAUGUCAGCCGAACCCACAACAGAGGAAUGCAUUGUGAUGGCCAUCCGUGUGAAUGCCGGUCAUCGCUUAGCAUUUUGCAGGCCUGCGGAAAUUGAAGCGGGGUGGAUAUUCGUUCCUCAUGUGGAGGAGGAUGGAAUACCCUCAAGGAUUUCUUAUGUGGAUAUGGUUUUCUGGAAGGAUCAGUUUUAUGCCCUUGACUUUUAUGGGAAAGUUCUGGUGUGUGAUUUCUCUGCUAACUCACAUUAUCCAACCCUAUCAUACUUUAUCUCUCCCGGUGCUUUUUCUAUGUGCGAGACUCUAUACUUGGUUGUAUGUCCCGCUGUUGUUACUGGAGAGGAGGAUGAGUUGAUGGUGGUGACUAGGCAUGCGGAUUUCUUUUCCAAUCAGGAAAUUGAAGUUGAUCCAGUUGUUGCUGAGGACAUUGAUCCUGUCGAUGCUGAUGAUGAUGAUAAUGCUGAUGAUGAUGGUCAUACGAAUGUAUUUGAUAGUGAUUCCGAUGAUGAACAACUAGGCACUAGGGCCGGAGGAGGAAGCUUAGGUUUAGUUGCCACCAAACCUUACUGGACCGAGAAGUUUCAAAUUUUCAAGCUCAAUAAAGGAGCAGAAGGAUGGGAUAAAGUGGAGAGCAUCGGUGAUUUUGCUUUGUUUCUGGGUUUCAACACACCUGGUUCUUUUGUCUCCAUCAAAGACUAUCCUGGAUUAAUGCCCAAUUCCAUUUAUUUCACCGAUGAUCUGGUCGAGUUCCAUUAUCAUCCACGAUGGAAGAAUCAAGGUAACUAUGACAUGGGUAUAUAUGACCUCGCCACUUGUGCUAUUCAACCUCUCUAUUCUACAACCUCUUUACACAAUAACCCUUUAUGGAUUUCUCCAUCACCUAUGUGGUUAUCACCAUCUAUUAUCAGCUCAUAGCCCCCUUAAGCAGAAAUCAAUUUGUCUGCCGAGUCUACAUUUUACAGCCAAGCCUUCUUAAAGAAUUCCCCUUUGCUUAGUAUUGUAUUCUUCAUCAGACUUGUGUUGUGAACUUUUGCCAUCUUUCUUUCAAAUGUAAGUUUAUCUUGCGACUUCUAGCUUUGUAAUCUCUUAUUGAACAAUGCAGCAGCCAUUUUGGAUUUCGUUAAUGAUGAAUUAUCAUGUUGAAUUCUCGGUGUUGUGUUUUAGGAAUGUGACUGGCUUUUGCUGCUGCUUUUCACUGCCCCCUACUGGUUUCGAACCAUUCUCAGUGCUGUGUUACAGGCUCUAUGUGGAUGAGUUGUACUCUGCAAUCUUCAUUGACCUUUUCUUUCUUUCUGGAUAACAAAAAUGAAUACAGAUUUCCUCUCAUGUUUAGCCAAGGACAGGGUUGCGGUUUUAUUACAGUCACCUAAUUCGUUGAAUUGAUUCUCUGAGUAACGAGGGAUUGAGUUCUAUACAUCAUAAGAGUGUACUUGGUCGGCACAUCAAACAGAUCCAUAAGUCUGGUCAAUAAGAAAACAGCAGCUCCAUUGCAUGGAUGUUCAUCUAGUUGGUUAAAGCUGUGCAAUCACCCAUGUUAAUGGUGGUGGUUUGAGCUCCGAUUUUGUGAUGGCCUCGUACAAGAACAUGUAACUGAUUGUAAAAGAUGGUUGGGAUUGCCAAAAGAACCGAGUUACCGCAUAUCAAGAAGAAAGAGCCAUUGGCAACCCUAAAUAAUUUGUUAUUGGCCACUGCAAUGAACUUGAAGAAUAUUGCAAUACUUGGGCACUUAUUCUCAGCUUCAUUCAUUAGUCCAAGUGUGAUCAUCUGAUGCUACCACCCUACCCAAUUACAAUAAUGCAGGGAACGAGAUCAGAAUCAGAAAAGUUUACAGGAAAUGAUAAUGAAAGCAAACCACUAUUUCAGUAAAGCCUACUAUAUGCUUACCCUAUUUGUUAUCUUCAUAUUUCUCAUCAGCAUUCUCUUUAUACCAUCAUACUUCGAUGAUUACAAGUUCAAAAUGAGAAUUACUUAGAAACCUCUUCUGGAGUUACGGUAGCAUCAUUAUACUCACCCUUGGUCGUUUGAAUGAUAAUGUAUUGGUUCUUUCGGAGACAUUCGAUGAAAUUGGAACAAUAAUGAUAAUGUUUUGGUCUCUUUGCGGACUUCUGAUAUAAUUGGAACAAUCAUGUUUUUUUUUGUUUUUGGUUUCCACCAUGCAUAACAGUUUAGCAUCAACCAAUACCGAUAAAUGGUGAAAAGUUAUAUUCGGAUAAAGAAACCAACGAAUUGAUGACACUCACCAUCUCACAGAGCGGUGCCACGGUAAUUUCUAAUACCUUUAUAAUAUACCGUAAAUAGUGACAGAUCAGUACUUCCUGUCACAUAUCGUCUAAAUACAUAAUAGGAAAAAAGACCAAGUUCAUCAAAAGAAUUCACCUUCAACUCCGACAUUAAACCAAAAAUCACAUACUAGAGAUAUUUCAGAAUGCUCGCCCAUAAAUCCGACCGAGCAUUUCUAGACAAUCAUGACAUGCUUAUUAGAAGCAGAUAAAAUUUGAGGAUUGUGAAAUAAGGAAAAAAUUUCAAAGUACACAUGUUCUUAAAAAAAAGUUCUCAAAAUACAUAAGUUAUAAAUUUUUUUCUAAAACUACACAUGUUUGGUAUUCACCGUUUUUGACAAACGCAGUGAAGACUAUCACCGCGUUUGACAAGCACGGUGAAUAAUUCACCGUUUUAAAUCAAAACGGUGAAUACGG